AUGAAGAAGACCAAGUGCGAUGGAAAGAUCCCUUGCAGAAGGUGUAAGGACGACCAAAAGAUUUGCACAGCCAGUGCCAAGAGAGCCAUAACCUUCAAGAAUACUCCUAAAGGAUACGCCGAGGUACUGGAGCAGUCCCAGUACAUUCUGAUAGAAACUGUCUGCAAGCUAUAUGGUAUGGUCAGGAACUCGCAGCCUUGGAAGUUGGCUGAGCCUCAGCUCAAUGAACACGGCCAACCCGUCGCCCAACACAUCGCGAAGCUCUUGGACUGCGUUCCACCAAACAGCGAGAUCGAUCUCCCAGUGCAAUCCGUCUUCCCCGAAGAUGCAGACAGCAUGGAGGAGCUGUAUCGAGAGCUGGAAGAACAUGAGAGAUCUGAAGCUGCAUCCACGCCGAGCCUUGCAAGAGACAAGGAGUUGACCUGCGAUGAAACUGCGAUAUCGGAAUCGCAAGACUCAGAUAUUGAACUUCCCUAUUACAAGGUCGAUUGCGGCACACACGGUACCGUGAAUCUACCGCUCCAGAAUGGGAGGAAUGACCUGGAUUUCGAGGGCGCUGCACCCGCCGACAUGUACGGAAAUGCAUUGUUUCUCGAUACUCCCCUCUCACCUUUCACAUGGACCAGCUACAGCGCCGGGUACAGCGACUUGACAAUGCGUCUUCUGCAAAAGGGAGGCGUAAUGCAGGGUAAUGGCAUGCUCCAACAGGGUCUGUUAGGACCUGAGUUUGAUAGCACGGAGCCAUACAUCCAGUCUGGCGAUCUAGAGGGGAGAUAUAGAAGGGUACAAUGA